AAUAAGUGCAGCUGGAAAUGUGGCUCCAAGUGAGUCUGUGGGAAGGACAUCAACCGUGUUUCCUGUUCCUUCACAAAGAGUGGAUCACUGCCAAGAGGAUGGAUUUUACAUGGUGGCAAUGGAAAGCAAGAUCAUCUUCUACCACUAAGGAAGGUGGCGAUGCCAGAUGAUAGUUUCAGCUCAGUUCUCCAUAACUGUUGUGGUAUCUCGUCCAACUGAAUCCAAACUGUGGCUACUUGAAAUGAUGAGGCAGAUGUUGGAGGAUGUCACAGAUGGCUUUGGCAUGGAAGAACUGGAGUGUAAGAUCUGCUUUUGCAUCUACACCCUGGGAAGCCGCCGGCCUAAGGUGCUGGACUGCUGUCACCGACUUUGCACCAAAUGCUUGACUAAGAUACUUGAUAUGGCAGAGGAACGGUCCAUCACCUGCCCCUUCUGCCGCUACCCCACCACCUUGCCAGAGGAAGCUGUGAGAGGCCUCCCAGAUGACUGCAACCUGGUGGCAGCCCUGACCAUUCUGAGACGCGAUAGACGGAACCUCAGCCAGAACUCCACCGCUGAGCUCCUCCUCAGCCCCAGGCAUCUCGGCUCACGGGUUAACACUCCCACUUCCUACAACUCCUCCAACUGCCUGGUCAUCACUAUGAUAGAGAAUACCCAAGAGCCAGCAAGCCCCCAUCCCAAUCCACUAACCCCUAACCCAGAGUACAGCUCUCCCAGUCCCGAGUCUACAACCACUGUCUACCAACGCAGGUCCACGUUGGACUGGACUUCCAUCAUCUGCCAAACCUCAGCCAAGGCACUGGUCUGGCUGUUUGGCCUGUUCUACAUCAGCUCCCUUCCUCUAGGGGUCUACCUGCUCAUAGUGCAGGAGACAAUGCUGGGGAUCCUUUUGGUCAGCUUAGUGCCUACAAGCCUGGUGACCUUCAUGGUUUAUGGUCUUUGCCAGGACUUGUGUCAGAAGUUCUGGCACUGCAUAUCAUCCUAACACCAUACAAUAAAUAUGUGUAUGACAGAGUGACUAUUCGGAAUUAGGGACUUGGUGACCAGUAGAGGGUUAUCACCAAGGACGUAGCUUUGGUUUGAACAUUGGGGGGUUUGAGGUCUCCACCCAUUUAGAGUGAGACAUUAUUAUUGUGGGCUUUGUAUUAGCUGGUUUUGAUUAUUGCGGGAGUUGAAAGCCCCACUGCAAC